AUGCACUUGGGAGACCACCCCUUCGACUGCUCCGACUGCGGCAAGGACUUCAAGAUGGCGCAUCAACUGAAGGUCCACCGACGAGUGCAUACGGGCGAGAAGCCCUAUGGCUGCUCCAUCUGUGGCAAGAGUUUUGCCCAGUUGUCGGGGCUGCGGGUGCACCGGCGGGUUCACAGCAGUGAGCGGCCCUUCACCUGCAGCAACUGCGGCAAGGGCUUGACCUGCUCCUACAGCCUGCUGGAACACCAGCGCACCCACACCGGCGAGCGCCCUUCACCUGCGGCCAGUGCGCGCAUACACACCAGUGGCCAGCCCUACGACUGCCCGUACUGCGGGGAGGCGUUUGACAGUUCACGGGGAUUGCGGUAG